UCCACUCUCACCAUAAUUACUCUUGGCCUCAACACCUCACUCAUUCACAAAUUCAUUUCCCUCUCUCACUAAAAAUCAAACUUCUUUCUCUCUAACUCUCAUUCUUUGCUGUCAUCCAAAAACAAACGAAAAGAAGAAGACAACAAAGAACUAUAACUCUGCUGCUCUUUUUCAUCUUUCUUCUUCUGUUUUCAUUUUUUCCUUCUUUUUUCUUUUUACUUUGAUAGUUUAGAAAUGAAUCAGCUUCACAAAAACCCAUUUCGGAUUUAUGAAAUUAGUUUCCAUUUUUGCACGAGUAUCUUCUUGUGUCUCUUACUCUUGUCUGCUCAAGCUGUUGCAGGUGGUGGAGGUGGUGGUCACUCCUGGGAUGGGAUCGUGGUGACUCAGGGAAACUAUCAGGCGCUCCAAGCAAUCAAACACGAACUCAUCGACUUCACCGGAGUUCUCAGAAGCUGGAACGACUCUUCCACCACCAGUGUUUGCUCCGGCGGAUGGGCUGGAAUCAAAUGCCUUCGAGGCCAAGUGGUAGCCAUUCAGCUCCCAUGGAAAGGACUCGGUGGCACUAUCUCUGAGAAGAUCGGACAGCUUCAGAAUCUCAGAAAACUUAGCCUCCACGACAACGUCAUCGCCGGUUCGGUUCCCCGUUCCCUUGGCUAUCUCAAGAACCUCCAUGGAGUCUAUCUCUUCAACAACCGUCUCUCUGGUUCAGUCCCAGCUUCACUUGGAAACUGUCCUCUUCUCCAGAAUCUUGAUCUUAGCAACAACCAGCUAUCUGGUAUGAUCCCGGCUAGUCUUGCUGAGUCCACCAGGCUCUAUAGGCUCAAUCUCAGCUUCAAUUUACUCUCCGGCCCCCUUCCGGUUAUGAUACCCAGAUCACAUACCCUCACUUUUCUUGACCUUGGGCAUAACAACCUCUCUGGCUCCAUACCAGACUUUUUAGUUAAUGGCUCUCACCCUCUCAAAAAGCUGAACCUAGACCACAAUCUCUUCUCUGGAGCUGUUCCCUUGUCCCUCUGCAAGCAGAGCAUGCUGGAAGAGGUUUCAUUAAGCCAUAACCAGCUCUUUGGUUCCAUUCCCAAGGAAUGUGGGGCUCUUCUACACCUUCAGAGCCUUGAUUUGUCUUACAACUCAAUCAACGGAACCAUCCCAGAUGCCAUCGAUAGACUGCACAACCUGACAGUGCUUAACCUCAAGAGAAACAAGAUCAAUGGUCCCAUCCCAGAGAGAAUCGGGAACAUAUCUGGAAUCAGACAACUUGAUCUGUCUGAAAACAACUUCACAGGUCUAAUCCCUCCCUCUCUAGCCAACCUGGCGAAUCUUUCUUCAUUCAACGUCUCCUUCAACACGCUCUCUGGUCCUGUCCCGCCUAUCCUCUCCAGAAAGUUCAACUCAAGCUCUUUCGUGGGAAACAUUCAGCUCUGUGGCUACAGUUCCUCGACUCCCUGCCCUUCUCCUAAACCUCAUCACCCUCCCACCCUUUCACCUACCUCACCACAAAAACCAAGAAAACACCACAGAAAACUCUCGGUCAAAGAUAUAAUCCUAAUCACCAUAGGAGCUCUUCUAGCCCUUCUCCUUCUCUUGUGCUGCAUAUUACUCUGCUGUCUGAUCAAGAAACGUGCAGCCUUGAAACAAAAAGACGGCAAGGACAAGAUCACCGCAAAGACAGCAACCGCAACUGCUGCAGCAACAGCAGGAGGUGAGAUGGGAGGAAAGCUAGUCCAUUUCGAUGGUCCGUUUGUGUUCACUGCCGACGACCUCCUCUGCGCCACGGCUGAGAUCAUGGGGAAAAGCACUUACGGCACAGCAUACAAGGCGACACUGGAAGACGGAAACGAGGUCGCUGUGAAACGGCUGAGAGAGAAAACAACCAAAGGGGUCAAAGAGUUCGAAGCAGAGGUCACAGCUUUAGGCAAGAUUCGACACGCCAAUCUACUUGCACUAAGAGCUUACUACUUAGGACCUAAAGGAGAGAAGCUCCUCGUCUUCGAUUACAUGUCUAAAGGCUCCCUCUCUGCGUUUCUUCACGCACGAGGACCAGAAACCCUAAUUCCAUGGCAAACGAGGAUGAAGAUAGCGAAAGGGAUCAGCCGCGGCUUAGCUCACCUUCACAAGAACGAGAACAUGAUCCACGAGAAUCUCACGGCCAGCAACAUCCUCCUCGACGAGAAGACCAACGCACACAUCGCCGACUACGGCCUCUCCCGCCUCAUGACUGCCGCCGCCGCCACCAACGUGGUCGCAACCGCCGGAACUCUCGGAUACAGAGCGCCGGAGUUCUCGAAGAUCAAGAACGCGAGCACGAAGACGGACGUGUACAGCUUAGGGAUCAUCAUACUGGAGCUCUUGACGGGGAAAUCUCCGGGAGAGCCGACGAGCGGGAUGGAUUUGCCUCAGUGGGUGGCGUCGAUCGUGAAGGAGGAGUGGACCAAUGAAGUGUUCGAUCUUGAGCUUAUGAGGGAGACCCAAACCGUUGGUGACGAGCUUCUCAAUACCUUGAAAUUGGCUUUGCAUUGUGUUGAUCCGUCGCCUGCGGCGAGGCCAGAAGCGAUUCAGGUGGUCAAUCAGUUGGAGGAGAUCAGGCCGGAGACGGAGACGACGACGAUUGGAUCCGGCAGUGAUGGAGCUAAAGAAGAAGAAGAAGGCAUAUAAUAAUAUAUACUUUUAAAACAUACUUUUAUUAUAUCAUGAAAUUAUUCUUUGAUUAUUCAUUUAAUUUGUUUAUACAACAUGAUUUGAAGUUUCUUGUGUUAGUAAUGUACUGGAAUAAUCAUGUCUAUUUUUUGGUUGAAGUAAUACAAUAAAUAUUUUUUAAUUUA